AGGGGCUGAGCGCGUACUGAAGGAAAGGAGGUGGAGACCAGUCCAGUCCAGAGAGUAUUCAUAAACCGGAGUUCAUCUCCUAGUUUUAAAACGCCGCUCCCAGUUCAACCUUCAAGUAGCGUAGAAGUAGAUCAAAACUAACCGAGCCAACGCGACUCGUCAUUCAGAAAGACUGCUCCGGAACACUGCGGCUUCACUGGGCAAAGUUGAAUGAACUUGAUUGCGAGGACAACUCAUUGUUUUCAUUAACUUUUCAGGACGUGUUCCCACUUUAAAGCCUGGACUUUAACUCCCUCAAACUCUAUACGACACGUUCUUGCUGAGAAGACCACUGAAACGAACCGCUGUAGUAAAUCUCUGGGAUUUUAGGAGAAAGACUUCAGGAGGAACUCUCAAAUGCAAAACUAUAUGUAUGAGAAGGCGAUGGCACCCGAAGCAAGAAACGGAGGAACAUCCACGUUAAAUAACAACGGCGUAGACAACAGCAAGAGGAAACUCUUAAUAGCAUUAGACAUCUUCUGCCUUCUUCUGGUUAUGCUGCCCUCGAUGGUGUUGCAUAAAUCGACAGUGCAGCCGUACCAGCGUGGGUUCUACUGUGCAGACGACAGUAUCCGCUACGCCUAUAAAAACAGCACUGUGCCUUCUUCUGUGCUCACAGCCGUGGGCCUCCUCCUGCCCAUUGCCAGCAUUGUGAUUGGUGAAUGCUCCAGGAUCCAUUACCUGAACCAGGGCUCCAAGUCAUUUGUGGGAAAUCCAUAUGUCUCCGCCCUUUACAGACAAGUGGGCGUGUUUAUCUUCGGCUGCGCUGUCAGCCAAUCAUUCACAGACAUUGCCAAGGUGUCAGUUGGACGGAUGAGGCCGCAUUUCCUACAUGUUUGUGAUCCUGACUACUCUACUAUCAACUGUUCACUGGGAUAUAUUACUCAAUACACAUGUCGUGGAGAUCCCAGCAAAGUACAAGAAGCCAGGAAAUCCUUCUUUUCUGGACAUGCUUCAUUUUCGAUGUACACCAUGCUGUAUCUAGCUUUCUACCUGCAGUCUCGGUUCACGUGGCGAGGAGCCCGUCUGCUGAGGCCACUCCUGCAGUUCACCUUGCUAAUGAUGGCCUUCUACACCGGGUUAUCACGCGUUUCUGAUCACAAGCACCACCCGACUGAUGUUUUAGCUGGUUUUGUCCAAGGAGCCCUGGUGGCCUACUGCAUAGCCUUUUAUGUAUCGGAUCUCUUCAAACCUAAAGCCAAGACUGCCACUCCACCUCCCUCGCCAAUCAAGAAAGAGCUCCUCCCCUCUUCUGACAUCAUAGAGAGGAACAACCAUCACAACAUGGUGUAGAAGCGGGGAACGGGAGGAUCCGUUUGCAAUCUCCCCAUCCUUCACAAUCCCCUGAAGAAACCAGAACAGCCACCUGUGACAGAGGAGCUUCGGCCUAGCUGACGUCUCCUCUCUCUCAUCUGACAGUAGAAUGUAGGGACAGGACAGAGACAAUCCUAUUGACUCUCAUUAUAAUGACCUCACUAUCCUAGAGCCCGAUUCGAAAGGCCAAUCAGACAAACAGCUAACAAAAAAGCGAUUUCUCACUUAGAAUUUUUUUGAGAAUGAAUUCCGCUCCAUUGACGAAAGUAAUACACAGAAUGCAUUAAUGAACACCAACGAAAGGAAGAAGAAAGUGAAUGUGAGGCUGGUCACGUGACCAGCGCUUUUCUCCUUCCGGCCAUCUCUUUCUCUUGUCUCUAUGGCCUUUUAUAGAUCAACAAAUUCCUUAUUAAUAGGAAUGAUUAGUUUUACCUGCGAUGUAAUCAGCACAGAUAUAUAAACGAUAUAAGAAUAACUUAUAGCACUAUAUCAAAGUUCAUUAAACGUCACCACUCGCUAUCUGAAAAGUGUAGCUUUGAGAAGCUUGAAGAAGGUCUGUAGACAAGAUUAUAUUUACCCAGAAGAGCCAUCAAAGCUGAUCUUAGCUACCUGAACAGUGGCCUAACUUUUGGAGAAUGCAUUUUAAAGGGUUUUAAAUAGCGGGUGGGUGGGUUUACACAACUUUUUUUCUUCGAUAAAUAGAUUUUUAUUUUAGAUAAUGAUUUCACGAUGGCCAACGCCCAUCCCUGCCCGAAUUAUGGGGGCGUGGCUGAGCCGUGCCAUCUGGCUAUCUUCUGAUUGGUCAGAGCGAAUGCAGGGGGCAGGGUUAGACGUCGAGGAGUGUUUGUGUGUCUCGUCACCAUGGUUACCGGGAUUGACUCCCACUGACCGCACUGGCCUAUUUUUUAUUUUUUGGGGAACCGGGAACGAGCUUCUUCCGCUGGCUGGUUUGACCUCUUUCCCGUCCCACUGCAUAAUCACUCAACUCUAGUUGUGUGUUUUUACCCAGAAUGCCACCUGUGCCCAAUGUCUGUCCUUGCACCAGUCAAACUGCCCCGAAAAGGGAUGUGGGGUCCCUCGGCAGGAAGCUGUGUCCCGUUUGUGUGUGUUUGUAAGUGUGUUUCCGCACUCGGCCCUGAUGCAGUGGACCAAUAACAUG